AUGUCUGUCAUUUUUACUACUGGGAAGAAGGCUUCAGAAAUUGUAGGUAGUACAAGCUCUCCCUUACCAAAAGCACGAAGGGCUCACGCUCGUCUUGGAAAGAAUAUGUCAAUGGGAUAUGAACCAUCAGAAAAUGUUAUAGUAUGGAAUGUAGACUUGGGCUCGGAUCAUUUCAAUUUGGCAUACUGUACGGACACGCAUACAUUUUGGCAUAACGAUGAACAAAUACAACUUAACAAAACUUCUAAAGAAGAUUUACAAGAAUAUACUUUUACAAUAAUGAAUCAUAAAGGUGUAUUAUUUAUCUUGACAAAUAUAAAUCAAAAUAUACCAACAUAUAAACUUUGUAUUGAUGGUAAUGAAAUUCCAUGUUUACGAAAUGAAUUACCGAUUUCAGAGAAAAAAUAA